AAUAUAAAAAUCGUGCAUGUAAAAAAAUAUCUCGAGUUCUUUCAACUUGAAAAUUCGUCAUGGAUGGAGAAUUAGAAGAAGCAGAGAUGGCUCGGCAAGAAUCUAUUAGGCUUAAGAAAAAUGUCUUGGAAAAGGAAGGUGAAAGAGAGGCCGCACACAAGAAGGCGUUUACAAAAUGGGUCAACUCCAAGCUCGCUCAGAGAUCACCACCCAUGCAUAUCAGCAAUGUGGUCACCGACUUACAAGAUGGAAGAGCACUCCUCUGCCUGCUGGAAGUCCUGACUAAYAGAAAACUGAAAAAAGAAAAGGGCAACCUUCGUGUUCACAAGAUCAACAAUGUCGAACAAGCACUAAUUGUCCUUGAUGAAUGCAAAGUAAAGCUUGUGGGCAUCAAUGGGUUCGAUAUCGUGGAUGGUAAAACUCGUGUCAUUCUUGGUUUGAUGUGGAGCAUUAUCUUGAAGUUCCAGGUUCAAGGAGUUAUGCAGCAGACUGGUUCUGAGGAAGAGUCAUCGAGGAGCUUUGCUGUUGAAAAACAACUUCUGGAAUGGUGCAAAGAGAGACUGAAGGGAUAUGACAUCAAGGUAUCAGAUUUCACAAACAGCUGGCGCGAUGGCUAUGCGUUCAACGCCGUUUUACAUUCCUACAGAAAAGACGCAUUUGAUUUCGACUCAUUGUCCCGGAUGGAUGAUAAAAAAAGGCUGGACCACGCCUUCAACCAGGGAGAGAAAACGUUCGGCAUUCCACGCAUUCUCGACUCUUCAGAUGUUUAUGUUGAACGCCCUGACAAGAAAUUAAUCAUCCUCCAUGUAUCCAACAUGUAUGACUAUCUGGAAGGCAGCAAGGCUAAGGAGAGAUCAGAGCAGGCUGAUGUAGAGGAAGUAGUGGUUCAAGUUGAUAAUGACCAAGUUGAAGGCGCGCUUAAACCCUCAUGGGACGAACUAGACUCAGCUUCAAGCAGAUCACCCGAAGAAAGAGCAAGAGCUCUAGAAGAGAUUGAAAGAAAACUGGACGAUCUCGAUGCAGCAGUUGAUGACGCCGAAGAUCGUAAACCUGUUUCUAAAGACAGCAAUUUAGUGGAUCUGGAGACGAGUAAAACACAUUUGGACAGACACAAGAAAUACAUGCGUACCCUGGAAUCCCUUGACAGCUGCAAGUACGAGGUGUUCGCUGAGGUCGAGCAGACAAUCGAUGAAGGAUACUGUGAMGAUAAAGAAAAAGAUGCAUACUACGGCAGAAUGAGACAAAUUGAUGAGAAGAUCAAGGCUCUACGAAAUGAAGAAAUAAAAGAUUUAAACAAAGUCUCUUCGAGCUACAAUCUCUUUUUAAGCGAAAACUUAAWGAAAAUAGAAAAGUCUGUGGAAAACUCGGAAAAGAAAAUCAAGUCAACUAAGGAUGUCGCUAAUGAUUACGACACAGUGAACAAACAGCUGGAGGAGCACCAGGAAUUCCAAGAGGAAAUGGGUGACCCAACAGUCGUUAACACAAUUUUAGAGAUCGAUGCAUCUGAUCCUAGCGUGGAUAGUGCUACACGCAACAGACUGAAAGCCCUGAGUCAACGUUGGAAAGCCAUCUGGGACUGGGCUGAAGACAGAAAGAAGAAGUUGAUGAGUUCUUUGUCUGACUGGCAGAAGUUUAGAGAUGAGGAAUUGGUAGUACUAAAUUGGCUUGGAGCAAAGGAAAAGGCUUUGAAAGAAAUAAAUAAAACUGAUUUGAUGGACGAGCAAGCCGCGAACAAAAGUGCCCAAGAACUUGAGAGAAUUCAAAAGGAGCUUGUUGAUGAAGAGCACAGACUGGAUUAUCUUCAUGAAUGUSGCGAGAAACUCAAACGAGAAGCUGGUGAAGACAAGGAAGCCAUCAAGGACAUUGACAAACAGCUGAAAGACUUUGAUGAUUGCUGGAAUGAUAUCGUGAAGCAAGUGAUCGAUGGGAAAGAAAAGGUCAAUAAUGCGAGCAAUAAAAUCAAAGAAAUGAAAACCAAAAUGAAGGAAGUGAAUGAAUGGAUGGAUGACGCCAGAAGCCUCAUUGAGGACGUAUCUGACGAAAUGUCACCAGAAGACAUGGACAAACUCAAGGACAAGGUCGAAUUAAAAUGCGACGAGCGCCCGCAGAUUCAACUUCGUGUCCAGCGGGCUAAACGUCUAUCCAACGAYGUCAUGCCAUUGUUGAAUCCCGAGUUUUCAAAAAAGCUGGAAAAAGAGGUGGAAGAUUUCGAAGGAAAAUGGAAAGACACCAAUGCUGCUCUGGAGGGCUUUAGCGACAAGGGAUACUCGGACGCAACGAGUGAUUGCUGCCUUAUGAGAGUCAUCAAGAGAAAAUUCAAAUCAACUAAUAACUAGGAAUUAUUUAAGAAAACUAGAAACUAAUACACAAACAUAAGGUUUAAAACCAUUGUCUAAAAAUAUAUAUUAAAUCAAGGUUAUUUUUCGUUCUGGGGUCCCGAGAAAAGAAUGGAAGGRAAGUUACUAGGCUGCAUGGAAUACAAGAACUGCCAUUAAAUUCAAUUUGGGUUAAAGUCGCUAUAGAAGAUUUGCAUCAUCACGCGAUGGCAGCCAUCRAGGAGAAAAAACAUUAAAGUAUUAUAUUUUCCCAAUGGGAAACUUACUUAUUUCUCGUAUAAACCAAAUUAUACCAGAUUUAAAUUUUCCCGACUCCUGUCAUGGCUGCCGUGGUGCAAAGACUCUAUGAGCUUUUUUUAUGCACCUCGGGAAGAGAAACUGGAUAAUWUCAUUUACAAACUGAGUGUCGAUGRCUCUGCAGAGAACUGUGGGGGAAACAAAUAUGUGCAUUGUUACCGCUCAAAUAAAUACUUGUAUACGGUUUAAAACGUGUAACAAACAUACCUUUCUUAAGUGCAAUGCUCCGGAAUAUUCCAUAUCUUUCUUGAUUAAAUAAAUCACAUUCUCCUGCUGUAAAACCUCUCAAAACUAAACUUAAAGACAGUAAUUCGAAAUGUACGUACCAUCAAUAGAUUCAGUAAAUGUCCUCURAGGCCACAGGUAUCCGCAAWUUUUUGUAUCCACAAAUUAUUUUUUUGCGGAUACGAAAAUGUUUGCGUCCACACGCAGCGUUUUCGAAUCGUUUGCGAAUCGUUUUCACUGUCCACACGUAUCCGCAAAUUGAUCCGCCCUGAUGGCAGUCUAGUGCCUAGUCCCUUUGACGGAUGGUUUUUCUUAUUGGGSAUGCGCAAAAUCGUGUUUACGCCAGCGUAUUCGAAAAUUUGCGGAUACGACCGUCCACACGUAUCCGUAUUCGUAGCGUUUUCGAAAAUUUGCGGAUACRGAUACAAAAAUUUCCGGUCACGUGUGGACGCAACCCGUAUCCGCAAAAAAAAAUUUGCGGAUACAAAAAUUUGCGGGUACGUAUGUACGUUGCCUGAAUGCCAGUAAAUCAGUUCACCAAAGAGUUUGAUAUGUGAUAGCAAAGCGGCCAUCUUGAAWCAAAAUUAAAAUUCCAAAGUAGAUCAAAACACCCCAUAUAGUAAUUUGCAUAUCUAAAUAGGCCGGAGCACACAGAGCAUACGAUAUAACAAUAAUAAURUUAACCCCUUAAAAGUUUCUGUUCCAAACUUGUAAUCAUGUUCAAAAGUCAUUAAAACGUUGUUUUAUAUGCUA